UGCGAUGUCAGCAUUUUACGGACAGGAGUCUGUUUAUAAACACUAUAAUAGCCUUGCAAGAAUACCGUUAUAUUUUAUUUUGCUGCAUUACUGAACUGAACUGUUUCUGAAAGUGAAAACGUGUGGGAAUGCAGCAUGAUGUACGGUUCCGCCAAAUACAUGAUUCAUUAACAUUGGAAAAGAAUGACAUCUCCUUUCUGUAACGAAAUUAAAAAUAAAUCAUCUAAUGAUGACUGAAUCUGAGAGAUGAUUUUUUUUAAUGCUGAACAGUAAUUACAGCCACACGUAGCCUUUUCCUUGUGGUGUGUGCUGUCCUGGAAAAUGGCCGGAUUCUGACCUAGAUCAGCAGAGCUGAGACAGCAUUCUGGUGUGCAGCAGCAUCACCGUCAUCCAUCAGCUGUUUGCAGGCUUUCCACUGGGGAGCAAGUGAACCAGUUUAUUUCUUCAUAGAGUUGGCGUCCCUCCCCUUGAAUUUUCGUUAUUUGACGAGGUCACAAUGUAGGUGGAAUGGACAAUAACUAUAGAAGAUGGGCACAAGAACUCUGGAAUUAUCUAAGACUAGAUCAUCACCUCAUUCAGAGUGAUAUUAUUAUUGGUCUUGGCUGUCAUGAUAUUCGUGUUGCUGAGAAAGCAGCCAGCCUCUACUUGGAAGGAUGGGCCCCGCUCAUACUGUUUACAGGAUACCUGGGAAGUCACACUGUGGGAGUAUGGUACCGCCCUGAAGCAGAAAUAUUUGCUGAAAUUGCAAUUAAAUUAGGAGUGCCCAAGGAUCACAUUUUGUUGGAGAAGAGUGCAACAAAUACGGGUGAAAAUAUACGUUUUUCUUACCAGUUUCUGAUGGAGCACAACAUUCCAGCAAAAAGAAUUAUACUUGUUCAGCAACCAUUCAUGGAGAGAUGGAUAUAUGCAACCUUCCUGCGACAGUGGCCAGGAGAGAAAGAAAACAUCCAAGUUACUGUGACUUCUCCAGCAAUGGAAUUUAAUGAAUAUCCUAACCAAUAUGUAGGGACUAUGGAAGAUCUUACUGGAUACAUGCUUGGUGUUGUAGAACGCAUUCAAGAAUAUCCUAAAAAAGGCUUUCAAGUAGAACAACCUAUUACCCAGGAAGUUUUGGAUGCUUAUCAACAUCUGAUAAAAGCAGGCUAUCAACCAAAAUAACAAAAAUAAAUUUAAUGUUUUUAGGAAA